AUGGCUUUUGCCCGUUACAUUCAUCCAAAUCCUUUUGGAAAGGCACUUGAUCACUGUUCUUUCCACGUGGAGAUGUCUGAACGUGUUAGAGCUCGCGGUAGACCCCGUCAGGGAGGCAGGAAUAUUCCAACCGAACCUGAGAUCCCUCCGCAAGAAGAAGGAGUGGGUCAAAAUAAUAUACCCGUUCCACCAUCCCAAGAAGCUAUGGGGACCUUGGCUAGGGAAAUGACAGGGGCUCUACGGGAGUCCAUGGAGAUAUUGAGAGCCGAGCAAGCGGCUAGAACAAUUGAGGGAGAAACAAGAGCUUCCUUUUUGAAAAAGGAGUUCUUUCGAUCCAAUCCCGUCGAGUAUAACGACGAGCCUGAUCUAAUGAAAGCUGAUGAGUGGCUGGAGCAAUUGGUCAAGUCCUUUGAGAUCUUAGACAUUCGAGAAAAUGAAUUGCGGGUGGCAAUAGCGGCUACCACUAGGGAGCGGUUGAGAAAGCAGUUUGAGGAGUUAUCACAAUUAGAUGCACCAGUGGCAGAGUUUGAAGCCAAAUUUACUAGCCUCUCACGUUUUGCACUUGAAUUAGUGGCAACGGAAGAACGAAGGUGCCUUGAAUUUGAGAAAAGGUUGAGACCGAAGAUCCUAAUGAAGGUGGUUGGCAAUAUGAUAUGUGAUUAUGACCGUUUAGUUGAAGCGGUAGCUCAUGUGGAGAUUACUGUAGAGGCCGAAGAGGCAAGGCAGGGAUUGAAGAGAGUAGGACAUUCUGAUGCUAGGGGUGACACAAGUUCUUCAAAGAGGUCGAGGUGUUCAUCAUCAUCCUUUCAAUCGCCUCCACCACGAGCUAAAUCCUCUAGUUCUGUGAUGGAUGGAAGUUCGGGAAGCAUGACCCGAGUUAUUGGUGCCUGUUAUAGAUGUGGCCAAAUGGGUCACAAGGCUGCAGACUGUGGACAGAAAAGUGAAGCAUGGCCCCAACCUAUGCGUCCACAGGGUCAAUCUCAUAAUAAGAGCCAGCCCCAAUCUUAUUAUCUAUGUGGUCAGCUGGGACAUUUGAAGAAGUUCUGCCCGCAGAAAGUGGGGACUCCUAGUGUAGCAGGGUCUAGACAGUCAGGAGGUUUACAGAUGGGGAAGCAGAGGUCACAGGGAAGAGUGUACGCUAUCGCCACUUCUGAACAAACGUCGAGGCCAUCAAUUGUGAGAGGUAUAUUCCUCAUUUUCAAUACUUGGGCUAAUGUGUUGAUUGACACUGGAGCAUCACAUUCAUUUAUUGCCACAUCUUUUGUAUCAUUGUUGGGGUUAAAGAGUGGGCAACUGCAAUCUUCACUUACAGUGGAGUCACUGGUUGGGGGUAAGAUCAUUCUAACCCAGGGAUGUCAGGGGUGUGUAAUUGAGGUGGCGGGUCAACAACUUCUAUUUAAUUUUGUCCUACUAGAAAUGUCAAGUUUUGACGUUAUCCUCGGUAUGGAUUGGUUGUUUACGUACCGAGCGACCAUAGAUUGUUAUCGAGAGAGAGUUACGGUGUGCACUACAAGCAGUGAUCGUUUCACGUUUCUGGGAGACAAGUACGGUAGAUCCUUACCCUCCUCAUACUAUCCACGUGGCCGGGGCCAGUUUAAUUCUCUUUUAACUGCCUUUUUGGAUGAUGGAAGUGGUGUAGUUCGGGGCGAAUUUCCAAAGGUAGUAUGUGAAUACCUCGAUGUCUUUCCUGACGAUCUUAUAGAAUUACCUCCUCAUAAGGAAGUAGAGUUCACCAUAGACUUGCUUCUAGGUACGGAACCUAUCUCCUUGUCGCCAUACAGAUUUGCCCCAGUUGAAUUGGUGGCUCUGAAGGAACAGUUGCAAGAGUUACUUAGUAAGGGCUUUAUACGCCCUAGCACCUCACCUUGGGGAGCCUCGGCGUUGUUUGCAAAGAAGAAGGACGGAUCCCUAAGAUUGUGUAUAGAUUAUCGUAAAUUGAAUCAAGCCACAGUCAAGAAUAAAUACCCAUUGCCCAGGAUAGAUGAUCUCUUCGAUCAACUUAAAGGCUCUCGUUGUUUCUCCAAGAUAGAUUUAAGGUCGGGUUAUCACCAAAUUUGA